CGCGACAACAUCAAUUUUCAGCCUUCACUCAUCUCAUUGCAGGACCAUCUUCAACACCAACAGUACAGCCCAUCAUGUUUGCUCUUCGACGAAUCAUCGCCCGCCCUGUGCUGCGCGUAGCGACGCGUCAGAUCCACGUGACACCACGUCGCUUCGCCUCUGCCGAUCAGCCACCGAACAUGCAGCAGAUCGAAUCAAUGAUGAAUGACCCUCAUAUUCGUGAGACGUUUGAGAAGCUGAGCCGUCAUCCUCCGGCCAUUGAGGCCAUGCAGAAGAUGGGGGACAUUAUCAAGAGCAAGGGGCUUGCCACUUCAGGGCCACCGAGCAAGAUGGACAUCAUGAAGCUCAUGAUGGAUAAGGAGUUUCGUGAUGCAGCGACAACGUUGACGACCGAAAUGCAAAAUGCUGGUGUUGAGAUCAACCCUGAUGUCUUCAUGAAGAUGAUGCAGGGUGAGAAAUGAAGUUGAUAUCUUCAUACGGGAAAGUGUAGGGUUUAUUGCAUCAGCCAUGACAAGAGUUGCGAUGGCUCUGAGAACAGAUUGUUGUUAGCCCUCAAGCAUCGAAGAAGCCAGCGUAUAUUAUUCAGGACUUGAACUAAACUGUCUUGCAACAUCACCAAUGUGUCAGAGCCGCGUUAAAAACUGGUUGAUUGUGAAUUGCGUCAUGUGAUAUAUCGUAUACCCAGC